CCUGAACCAAGAGUCCACCUGACACUGUGUCGAUAGACAACUGAGAUAAGAUCGUCACGCUGACAACCCUAAAACAAAGUUUCCUUAAGCUGUCAUUUAACUGAUAAGAAUUAUCAGAAGCUAAUUAAAAAGAAUGGAAAUUAAAAGGUAUCCAAAUAAUGGGUGUUGUGAGAGAUUACAUUUAGAUGUUUGUGUUGAUGAGCGCACCCCUCGGGAUGGGAUAUUAAAACUUCUUAAGGAACUCAGGCCAGAGUGGAAACCAGAAGAUAUUCAGAUCAAGGCUUUCACUGAGGGCAUCACUAACCAAUUAAUGGGCUGCUAUGUGGGGUCUCUGAUACAAGGCCCUGUUUUACUGGUGAGGGUUUAUGGGCAGAUGACUGAGCUUUUUAUGGACCGAGAUAAGGAAAUGGAGAUGUUCCAGGUCCUACACAAACAUGGCUGUGGCCCGGAACUGUACUGCAGUUUCACCAAUGGUAUCUGCUAUGAGUUCGUCAGAGGAGUCGUACUGGACGACAUACUGCUCAGACAGCCGUCUGUUUACAGACUGAUCGCAAGAGAAAUGGGGAAAAUCCAUUCAAUAAAGUCUGGAGAAACUGGAAACAGUUCACCCGUUUUGUGGUCUAGAUUGUCCCAGUUCCUCGAUCUGGUCCAGAGGUCUGGUGCUCCUGAACAGCAAAAAUCCAGUACCCAUGUGGAGGCACCUUGCCUAAAAAUUAUCAUCAAAGAGAUGGAGGAACUGAAGAGUCAUCUUACCCACAUCAACUCCCCAGUAGUACUAUGUCAUAAUGAUCUCCUGACUAAAAAUGUCAUCUAUAACCAAGAAGAGGGCACAGUAAAAUUCAUUGACUAUGAAUAUGCAGAUUUCAAUUACCAAGCGUAUGACAUUGGAAACCAUUUCAAUGAAUUUGCAGGUAUCAGUAAUGUUGACUCCAGCCUAUACCCUAGCUGUGAACUUCAGUUUGAUUGGCUUACGGCUUAUCUGGAGAGUUUCAAGUGGUUUAAUGGUGUGGAUUCAACUGUCACCAAGAAAGAGGUCCAGGAACUUUAUGUACAAGUCUGCAAGUUCUCCUUGGUGGCUCAUUUAUUUUGGUGUCUAUGGGCUCUUCUGCAGGCAAAACAUUCCACUAUUGACUUUGACUUCCAGAGGUAUGCCAUGGCUCGAUUCAACUACUACUUUGAGAAGAAGCAAGAGUUCUUUGGAAUGAAGCUUCCAUAAUUCUUCUACCAGCCCAGUGCAAUAGGUUCUGAAAGAGCCUAUCCAUCCUACUAUCACACAUAUUCUUCCUACAUUUAGUUUAAGUAUGGACAAUGAUUAUAAAGAUUUGUAGGCCUAAAGGUUGACAAAGAUAUUUCUUUUCCUGUUACAAUCCCUUAUUUAACAAAAGGGACAUUUACAAUAUCGAAACGUUACUGAUAGUGAUCAAGGCCAGUCGACUGAAAUGUGUAUGAUUAAUUAAACAUAUAUAAAUAUGAAAUAAAAUUAAAAUAACCCAGGAGAUCUGUGGUUCUCAACCCUGUUCCUGGAGUACCCCCAACACUACA